AUGGAAAUUUCAACACUUAAUUUAAGACAAAGCAUAAUUUUUGAAUUUAGAAAACAAUUUCGGAUCAUAAAAAGUAAAAAAAGUUUGAAAAAAACAACAAAAAAGAUACGCAGUUCAAUUUGGGACAACCAAAUUGACAGAGAUUGGACCACACAAAUCAAAUGGGAAAACCUUCUCAGUAAUUAUACCAAACAUUACCAACGAGACAAUCGAAACCAAGUAUCAAUCCACAAAACAAUUUUAUACCCAAUCCUACAUUUCCCAAAGCCUAUAUUCCAAAAGAUCAUAGCGCUCUUAACAGGAAAUGAUAUAAAAUCCAUAAUCCACUACCAACAAAUAAAAUCAAAAUCCCAACCACAAGAGUGUGAAUGUGGUCACAUAGACAAAUCUGCUCUCCAUCAAUUGCAAAAAUGCCCACUAAGGUACAAAGAACGUGAAAAUAUUCUUCCGAAAAAGAUAAUCAAGGAACCUCCCAAAAUUGGCAAAGAGAACCUCCCCAAAGUAGUCAAAUUUUUCGAUCCGAUAAAAUGA